CCUCCUUCCUGGUCCUCCUACUUUCUCAUAUCUUAUUUGUAGACUUAGCUAGUCCUGAAAGUUCGCUUUUUUCCUUCUAACUUAGAUUACCUUGGUAAAAUAUAAUGGCUUCUGCUACCGGAAUUCCCCAGGAACAUCCUCAAACUAUCGAGGCCCGAGAAGAUGAGCCGCUGCUGGGCGGACCGGGCGAUGUCGUCCAGAAGGAGGAUGCAUAUAUCAUCUAUAAUCUGUUCACCGGAACGGCCAGUCUGGCGCAGUUUGGAAUCUGGAUUAUCGCCAUCCUGGUCUGGGCGGGUAUCUUCUCCCAUCCGCUGAUACUCUUUUCUGCCCAUCCGCUCCUCAACUCAUCUGCGCUGCUCCUCCAAGUUCAAGCUGCACUCAUCCUCCAACCGACUGCGACACCCCAGCAGAAGCUCAAAGGAGCGCGCAUUCAUUACAUCAUCCAGGCGACCAGCGUGGCGACCUUUAUCGCGGGCUUCAUCGUCAUCGAAGUCAACAAGGGCAGUCAUGCACGCUUCACCUCGCCUCAUGGUGUGAUGGGCCUGAUUACCUACAUUCUCAUCAUCAUACAGGCCACCGGGGGAGUCAUUCAGUACUUUAUCCCGGUUAAGGUCUUGGGCAGCGUGGACAAUGGUAAGAAGCUUUACAAAUACCAUCGUCUAUCCGGGUAUGUCCUGCUGCUUCUUGAACUUGCGACUGUUUCCGCUGCUACGCGGACGACCUUCAACUUGACUGUGCUGUCGAUUCCGCUGUGGGCCGUGGUUGUGGGCGCGGUUCUGGUGAUCUCGGGCGUUGGGGCGAGAGUCAAGAAGCACAAAUUGGGUCUAUGAGUAGGAUGAUGGGUGUAUAUGAGUUAUGGCGACGUAAUCGAUGCCUAGUUUUCUGUGGUCUACCAUGCGGGUUAAUUUCGGUUUUCAUCGUGAAAAAGUUGUCAGAUAGUAGUAUAUUUAUGCCGACGCGUCAACACGCAUUACACUUUGGGAUAUCCGGGGCAAUUUCGAGGUACCAUAGGACAUGGAAGCUAUAUGAAGAAAAUGUC